UCACUCCUUCCCUCCUUCCCUCCUUCCCAUCUUCUUCCCUUCUUCCCAUCUUCUUCCCUCAUCCUUCUUAAAAGAUCCUCAAAAUCCAAAUCUUCUUUAGUACAUUUCAAUCCUUCAAAGUACUACAUUACACUCCUUCUUCUCUUCCUAAAGACAGCCAGUCUGCUUUAACUCAUUUCACUCACUGCAAGUCAGCUUGAAGCCUUUUUAAAGAAUCCAUCUUCCCCUCAUCAACGACUCAUACACAUACAUCAAACAAUUCACCUCAAUUCACAUUCUUUACUUCAGCCCUGCUCACCAACGAGGAAUAUCACCUUCCUCACCACCUUCCUUUUGAAGAUCGAUAUCAAUCAUUGAAAUUGCCAGUCAUUUUCAAUCUUCACACUCCCUCGAGUCAUAAGUUGAACAAUUUCAUACUUGAGUUCUGGUUUCAGAGAUUCACUCAAAGAUACCCAAUAUACAACCACACCCAUUUCCCGAAAUCAAAUCAAAUCAAACACACAAAUCACCCUCAAAAUGAAGUACACAACUGCCAUUCUUUCAGGCCUCAUGGCUGCUACCGCUGUAGCUCAACCCCACCUUCGUCAUCAACAUGUCGCCAGACACGAAAAGCGAGAUAUUGCCUGGGUUACCGAGAUCGAAAUGGUGACCGAGACGGUUGAUUAUACGACCACCGUUUGGGUUUCCGCUGGUCAAUUACCUGCUCCAAGUACCAGCGCUCCAUCUGUGACUCCUACAACCUUGGCAACUAUUCCAAAGUCUUCCGCUGCUGCUUCCACUUCUGUUCCAAAGUCUACUGCUGCGGCCUCCACGUCUAUUUCAAAGUCUACGGCCGCAGCUAGUAGCUCAACUAGAGCUGUUCUCGAUCAGAAACCAAGCUCCUCAAGCUCUUCAUUUGUGGCUCCAUCUUCUUCUACUUUCGUUUCUGUUGCUGCUCCAUCUACGACACAUACUUCCGCAGUCGUUCUUCCUACUACCUCCAGCAUCGCCCCGGUAGUUAUUCCAACUACCUCGAGGGUUGCACCAGUCGUCAUUCCAACCACAUCAAGUGUCGCACCCAUUGUUAAACCAACUACCUCAAGCGUUGCCCCGGUUAUUCCAACCACUUCCAGUGUAGCCCCAGUCGUUAUUCCAACCACUUCAAGUGUCGCGCCAGUUGUCAUUCCAUCCUCAACAGCUGCAGCUCCCGUCCCAGCAACAACCUACGCAUCAUCAUCCUCUUUCUCUGGGUCCUCAUCUAAAGUUUGCGGUUCCGGUACUCCAUGUACUGGAGAUAUGACGUACUAUGAAGCUGGUCUUGGAGCUUGUGGAAUCACAACUGAUGGAUCCACAUUUGCAGGUGUUGCUCUUCCAGUUGGUCUCAUGGGUUCCCUCUCAAACAGUAACCCAUACUGUGGAAAGACAAUCACCAUCAAGUGUAACUCCACUGGUAAAACCGCUCAAGCAACCGUCAUCGAUAAAUGUAUGGGUUGCGAGGGUAACUCAAUCGAUCUCACAAACUUCGUAUUCGAUCAGCUUGCUGAAGAAGCUGUUGGCCGCACUCAAGCCACUUGGUACUUCAAUGAUUAAAUUCCUCAUCGAUCUCUCUCGGUUUUCAUAUUUGAUACUCCGGUUAUUCAUUACUCGGAAUAUCAAACAAAAAAAAUCAUUCUCAUUCUCCUGGAUAUAAAUAUCGCCAGUUCGAUAUAAAGAGUAGAUCUCUUUCAUCUAAGGCUUUUGCACAUGGCAUCUUUUUGAAAAAGAUACGUAACGAAUCUCUUUGGGAUAUCAUAUCAUUGGGAGGUUUUGGUUUUGUGGUGAUAUAUCCGUCGGUUUAGUUUGUUAGUUGGGUUUGAGGAGAGUUUGAGGAGGAUACCUAUGCAUGGAAUGGUUGGUCAAGGAUAUCACAUCACAUCAUCGCAUUAUCUGUUUGGCGUUCUUACCCCGUUUGGAUCUUUCACAUUUACAUGAUGUUGCGCUUUGAGUUCGGAAAUUUGAAGCACAUGCAUUUCAAGAUACGAACCAUAUCUCAUUGAGACAUGAAAUGGAAGGAAAAGUCAAAAGAUAAAAGCUCAUAUGGUUGGAGGGAGGAGGAUUUUUUUCUUUUUUUCACCAAAAAGCAAUAUCGAUGAAAAGUUACAAGGAGAUGGAGAGAUUGCACAAAAAACAAAAUGAAACAAAUGAUAUGAAUAUAGCUUCUUGUACAUACAUAUACCCACCACUUUAGAUUUUAGUGUUUAGAUUGAACACGAAAUUCUUAUGAU